UUCACAAUACCUGUUUGGCUGUUAGAGAAAACAGCCCUGGUUUACAGUUCUGACUUGGAAGCGUUUCAAAAUCUGUUGCAAAUAUACCUUUUGUUUAUAGGUAAUAUGGAUUUUAUAGCUCACUCUGUUAAAGAUCUUGAUGGCGAAACUACAGCGUGAAAGGCCGAGUAUGUAAACAAAGACUGAGUGAAUAAACAAUCGAGAACUGUUGGAUUAAACGUUUUAGACGCUAUUAAAAUAGGGCUAUAAACUAUAAUGAGGCUUCUGUAAAUAUUUUUAUGUGCGGAAAAAGCAAAGUGGGGGAGGUUUGAUAAAUAGGACAUAAAAUCAAAGUAUGAAUUCAUUUACGUGACUGUUUGGACUAGAACUGGAAAUAACUGUUUGAUAUAAAGGUGGAAGUAAAUUAUAUAUCUGUUGAACUUCGUUUUUGAAAGAGGUUACUUGUUUUCUUUAUAAAAAAUAUAAAGAAAAAAAAAACAACACAAGACUGUUUUGAAAAAAAAAAUAAAUAAAUAGUUUGUAAUUUUUUAACAGAAAUAGAUAAAAAUUAUAUCAUUAUAAAAAGGAAAUUUCAUUACUGCGAUAACAAUUGCCUAAAUGUUUUGUAAAACAGUAAUAUGUGAAGGACACAUCAUUACACUCUUUCAUAUAACAGCAAAAGUGAAUUGAAAUGGAUGUUUAACCACAUUGCGAGUGAAGAAGCAAGAUCCGUGUCUAGACGGCAAUUUACAGCUUGAAACGAAAUAAAGGCAGAAUAUUACCGGCAAAAUCUCGGCUCGGUCGUUCUAAAAAUUUCUCAUCGAAAACUUACUUUAGAAAAUAGGUAUGACAUCAGCUUGAUACUGGCUAAAAAGACAACAAAAAAAAUAUUCUUGUAGGAAAGUUAGAUUUGCAUUUUAAGAAAUAUUAUUACGUUUUGAGAUGGAUACUUCGUUUUGAUGCUAAUCAAGAAAGUUUUUGAUGACAUUUUCCCCGUGGGAAUUUGUGGCAAUCCGUUCCUCCAAAAAAAAGUAUAUAAAAAAUCAAAUGCUCGCAAACUAAUUAAAGAGGAAGAUAAGUUUAGCAACUAUAACGAUGGGCUAAAUAAAUCAUAGAAUACUGACUUGCAAAAGUGCAUUCGUCAGAUUCAACGAAUAAGAAAAGAAAAUAUUUACAAAAUCGGUGCGUGCGAUUCGUCUAGUGUAAAGACUGUUGAAAUAGUUUGUACAGACAAAACACCUUCAGAAAACAUCUAAAUAAGAACUAAAACGACACUUCCGCCCACAAAUAUUUGGGAGGAUAAACACGUUUUAAAUCAUUUGAAUAUUGCAAGAGUAAAUUUGUCAAAAGAUAUCAAAGAAGAAGACUAGAAAAGACAUGGAUUUUAACGAUAAAUUGUGCUAAAAAGAAUACAAAAUUUGGCAACAUUUCAGAACAGCUGGUUGAAACGUUUAGAAACAAUUUAAAGUAGCAGACAGUCUGAUAAACAAUUGCAUUAUUAUCUUCAAUAUUACUUCUUAUGUAUCUUUAUGUGAGAGAACAAGAUAAAAACAUAAUUAUUGGAUUAUUAAAUUGUAGUAUUCUGCAGACUGUGCUUUAUUUUGAAUCAGACAGUGCUUUGUUUUGAAAUUAAGUCACCAUAAUUAUCUUCUGCUCUGUGUAAGUGCAAGUAAAGAGAAUUUAAUAUAUAUGCACAUCAGCAUAUAAUAGGCUAUGCUCGAAAUACCAUGUGAAAAAUUAUGACACGUGAGAUAUCUGCCUAGAAACGCACGAAAGUUCUUAGAACAAAAAGGAAUUUAACAAUAUGUUAUUGUCUAGUACCAAACGAACGUAAACUCUGAGUAGGAUUUUUGUUGCAGUGCAGCAUUUAACACCGCUGUGCACUUUUCUCGUGCAGACGGUAUCAUUUGAGGGCACGACAGCACAUACUGACUUAUAUUCCCUAGCUGCAAAUCAAUCUGAACUCGAUCAGCAGACGAUAUUCCCAGAUAUACGCUGUGAUGAAUUAACUGCUUCUAUUUAUAGUAACAUAAUAGCAAAGUUAAUCCGUGAGGGUAUUCCAAGAGGAAAAGAGGAGGAAAUCGUAAUAAUUUUAGUAGCGAAUGGAUUUUAGAGGCUGACAUUCUUCCAUGUGAAAACAGUAUGGAUUUUUGUUGCUGCAAAUAUUUCAAUUUAAUGUUGAUUAAUUAUUCCAAACAGAUAUCUCAGGAGAUUACAGGAUUAAUUAUACCCUCGAGAAAUACGAAUUUCUUGGAACAAAAUUGAAAAAUCAAACUUUGCCAGUGUUUGAUUUAUGACUCAUUUACGAGAGAAAUAAUUAUAGCUGUAUUGAAAUUGAAAUAUUGAGGAAUUCUCCCGACAAUAUACAAAGUUGGAUUUGUUGUUUUUACGCCAGAAAAUGUGCUAGAUAUAGAAACCUAUUUUAUGAUGACGGACUUUGAUAAGGGGUUAUCGCUCACUAUUUCUGUCAAAAUCCAGUAUCAGAAGCUCAGCAGCUGAAAGCGAAGAAAUGAUAAAGUAAUCAAAUGUGUUUUUGAUUGAAAAUAUUUAUGGAUAUAUUUAGAGGUCGUUUAGAUAAUGCGACUGAAAUUUACGCAUUUUGCAAAUGCACGUGCAAACGGAAUUUCCCGUAUCGGAGUUCGAAAUGUAUAUCAAAGAAAACGCGAGUGGAAAUUUGAGAGAAAAUAUUACCUUUACGAAACAUGAAAAUGGAUCCUAUCAUUAUAUGGAUACGGAUUAUCGCACAAAUUUGGAUAUGAAUCGGCCUGAUGUUCCCCAGACUGCACGUGGUGUUUCUUUGGUGAUAUUUGUGGCAAUUGGAUUUGCAUUUAAUACAUUCAUGAUAGUUUCAAUAGUACCUAAUCGUCGGUUAAGAACGGUAAGAAAUAUACUUUUAGUUCAUUUAGGAUGUACUGGUCUACUAUUAUCAUUUUUAAUAAAUUUAUCCACGGCGGUUGUGAGUUUCACAGGAAAAUGGUUUGGAGGCGUUGUAGUUUGUCAAUUAUACGGAUUUUUAUUAACUGUAUUAACAUUUGUGACGUCAUGGACUAUAACUGCGUUAAGCUGGGAUAAAUACCAAACCAUUGCUAGUCCAUUACAUCAUUCGCUCACAGCAACCGCGCUGAAAAUGAUUGUCUGCUUUACUGUGUUCUGGACGCUGGCAUGUACCCUUUCAAUCCCGCCACUUUUAGGCGGAAGUCGCUACGUAUUCCACGCAGAUAAGGGAAUUUGCUUUUUUUGCACGAAAUCAGUAACAGGAAAAGUAUACAUCGUCUCAUUUCUUCUAGCUGCCAUCUAUAUUCCGUUGGGAGUUAUGUUAUUUUGUUACACGCACAUUUAUCGUAUUGCGAGAACGCAAUCAAGCCGAAUUGCGGCCACUAUGGUCCAAAUGACUUGCGUGAUACAAGCCACUAUAGCACCCAACAGCCCACCAAGUAGUCUAUCUAUCAAAGGUACUAAAGCCAUGUGUACAAUUUUCCAACUGAUUGGCUCCUUCGUUGUUGUGUAUAUUCCACUGUCUGUGAUAUUGUUAGCCGAAGUUUUCACAUCUGAUGAUUUUAGAAUGAACAGCGUCUUAUCAUCUACAUUUAUUAUGUUAUAUUUAUCCGCUCCAGUUGUCCAUUCGUCAGUGUAUGGAUUACGGAACAAAAUUCUACGAAAUUCUUUCCAAAGAUAUUUACGACGAAAAAUUAGAUAUUACUGUUAUAAAGACAAGCGCAAAAAUAGUAUCAAAUCUUUCCGUUCAUUUCGGUCAUCAUCGUUCAAAGCCGCCAUGAUGAAUAGACGAAAUCAAAAUGGUGAUGCCCCAGGACUGAGAAGAACACAAUCAUUUCCGGUCAGAGGGUAUCGAGCAGGUUCCCGUCAUUUACGCGUAUCAUACACUAAACAAAAUGGCUGCUUAGCAGUCCCAGAGGAUCCGAUUGUUCGGCCCCGUUCAUAUAAUGCAUUAAAUCCGGAGACAAAUAAAGAAGAUCAAUCCGCAGACGACAAAGAGCCAGGGGAUAUACACUUCGAAAUUUCUGAUAUAGACGAGGAGGGUGAUCAAGCAAACAACUAGUUUAUGUUAAUAAUCUUUCAUCCACAUAAUUUGUUGACUGUAACAACAACGUUCUCCUAAAUUUGAACUAAUUAACACAAUGUUCUUUUUAUUAAGAUCUGAGCAUUACGAGUUUUAAUGAUAUCUGAUUUUUUUUUUUAUUCCAAGGCCAAAAGAAAGAACGUUAGUAUAUUGUUUUGAUCAGAAACCCUUGUUGUUGUUGUUUUUUUUUAAUUUACAUUCUUAGACUUAUUUAUGUAAGGCUCUCCUCGGUUAAAUUGUAACGCUCGUUUUUGUCGAAUCAUAUCUUAUUUUGUUCAUUUUCAACCGACAGUAGAAGUAAUUUUAUCUUUCAUGUGCAGCCAGAAGUGGUGCAUAUUGUAUUUUUGUUUCAACGUUGUUGCUUUUAGAGAUAUUUACAUUUGUAUUGUUGCCAUUGUUAAGAAAUUGAAAAGUAAAGGUUCGUGUUAGUUGAUUGUAGUAUUACAAUAAUUGUUAAAUGGUUAUUCAUGUAAUACGUUCAUUGAAUAUGAAAUGCUGUUGCUACUGGUAACACAUGUGUCUGUUAACAUUUAAAGGUAUACUAUAGACCAUAUUUGAAGACAUGGAUAUUAACUAGUUUAUUUCUAUCAAUAGUACUAUGUAUUAGGUUUAAAACAGUACACACUUAAUACAUGUAUAGCUAAACACAUGAUUAAAUUGUGCUUAAAACACUGGAAGUACUUUUAAAGAUUCACUGUUACUGCAUGUUAUCUAGUUAUGAAUUUAGCCUCAAAUACACUUGUAAGUAAUCUAUAUAUCUAGUACGGUUAAACACAUCCGAUGAGGAUUUUUUGUUACAAUUAAAGCAUCUGAAGAUAAAUUAUUUUGGUAAAAGAUGGACAUUAGAUAUCUUUAACUUUCAACUGAUCUCUUCCAUCAUUUUUAUAGCUAAUGCUUUAUAAAUACUCCGAAUAAUUUUGAUCUUUGUAAUUGUUUUCAAACAUUGUGCUUUACACAAACGUUUACAAGAAAAGUGUGUACUUGCAAGUGUUAGAUGUAUAACAUACUGAGUAGAAUCAAACUUGUUUUUUUUAUAUUUACGGAUAUUGAAUGUGUAACAGAACGAAAUACCUAUUCAUAUGCACUGAACACAGCCUUCGUUCUUGAUACAAAUGGGAAACAACAUAUUAUAAAUUUUAUCAUGCAUAGUUAAAAUCAUCGACCAGAUAUUCAAUAAAAAUGAAAAGAAAUGCCUAUUUACAUAUACAUGUAUUUUGUUUCAGUAGUCUUAACAUUUUCACUGGCUGAACUAAAUGCAAAUAUAGAAGAAAAAAUGAAAAUGUAAUUCUGAUAUUUUGUAAUAAAACACUUCCUGAAUGGCAUGCCGGUCAAUAAUCAAAACUGUUGCCCUACAGUUACAUUGUAAAUCGCAAACACUGACCCUAAACUGAGCCUUGUAUUAGUGUCUUGAAAUCUGUUUGAAUAUAAAAACCGCGAAUAUUGUUUUUGUUUUAAUGUUUCUAGCAACACUCCCAUCCUUCUGUUGGCAAAUUGAUACAUACAUGUCAGUUAUCUAGAAAUGAUGAGUCAUUUUCUGACGGGUAUAAUUGAAACAUUUGCAAGUAGUUAUUUUUGUGGAAAACCGGUGCUGUAUUAGUAACCACCGGUGGAAGAGAUUAAGCGGGUGCACAUCUGGUGGUCUAUGUCUCAAUAUACGUAACAACGUGCAGUCAUGAUACAUGCAGAUGAUAAAUACAAUAUCGUAUUUGUAAUUGGCUAAUAAUGAUAUUCAGGGAGAUCUUUUUUUAUGAAUCAAUUGUUUCUUAUCUGACGUUUGUUUCCUGGUUAUUUAGUUCACUAUUUUUUUAUUACGUAAAUUCACGGCAGACUUUGGCAACAGUAAAGAUAACGAAACAGCUUUCUAGUUUUAAUUUUUAUCAAGAUCUCAGUUUCCGAGCUACUGUCAUUUUAUAUCCGUCUCCAUCUACCAUGGAAGUA